AUGUUAUCUAAGAGCACAGGUCUUCGCAGCGAAAACUACGGCAACUUUGUCUUUAUAGCAAUUGGAACGCUCACUUUUCUCUACACUUUCAUGAAAGCAAUUUACCUUAGCGUAGUUCUUGCGGGGGACCUCGUAGGUCUCAUCUGCUCGUACUUACAAUGCCUCACAGCUACCGUGACUAUAUUGUUAAAGAUUUAUACGGCUCUGAUUUCAAAAAACAAAUAUCGUUUCUUAUGUAUUAGUGUGAUGAUAGCUCAUAUUGUUUUGGACUUGGCUAUCACAGCAUUUGCUGUCCAUAAAGGCACCGAAUCACUGAUAACCGCCACUUAUGGAACAGUUGGCAGCUUUAUGGAUGUUACAGCAUAUAGUCUAUACUUACGGCUGAAGGUGGAGAAGCUGGAGUAGCGGAUUUGAAGAUAUCUC